AUGUUGGCGGCAAUGACGGGGUCGCUGCCAGCGUCUGUGCCGACGUGGAUCGUGGAGGUGACGCGGCACCGCGACUUGAGUCAGGAGGCGUUGGAGCUGGCGUUGGAGCACAUGGCAGGGCGCGCCGUGACGCUCCUCCUCGUGCACGUCAUGUCGGAAGUGCCCACCUCGCGCAACAUGACGCUGCCGGCGAGCGAGGUGGAUCCGAAGACGGCGCUGCAGCACGCCAAGAAGCUCGUCGAUAUCCUCAUGAAGCCGCUGCUCGCCACCGCCACCGCCAGCAGAGUGGCGUGCGGCACGGCGGUGGAGCUCAACGACCGCCGCGAGAUGGGGCUGUGCCUCGCUGCGCGCCGAGCCAACGCGGAGCGCGUCUACAUAGGCGUCAAGAGGAAGCUGCUGGGGUGGUCAUCGUCGGGCGUGGUCGCGGCGUGCCAGACGUCGCUGCCGCGCGCGUGCACGCUCGUCGUGUCGCAGGGCGGCCGCGGCCACAAGCACCAGCAGCUCAUCGGCGCGCAGCGCACCGACCUCUCCGCGCUGCCCUCCGUCUUCCUGCAGUUCCACUCCGCGCCCUCCUCCAACGACGCCCUCGCCACCCGCCUCGCGCCCCCCGCACUCCCCCCCGCCACGCCCUCCUCGCUUAAACCCCCUGCGUGCGCGUCCCCCCUGCACGUGCGCCGCCCCUCCGAUCCCCCCCCGCUGGAGGCGUCCGCGUCCCCCCUGGGCAGCAGCGGCGCGCCGUCGUCCGAGUUCUCCCUCUCCUCCUCCUCCUCCGGCCCGCACUCCCGCUCGCUCCCCCUCGCCGCGCCCGCGCCCGCCCCGCCUGCAACAGCGGCUGGCGGAGAGGCGGCGGAGAGGGAUCCAUGGGGGCAAAUGAUGGACCGGGGGAAAGGGGCGGAGCAGAGGCGCGCGGGGGCGGGAGGAGAAAGGGGGAAGCAAUCGCGCUUGUCGUUUUCGACGCUGGAGGAGCUGCAGCAGAUGGCGGUGCGCGAAUCCGAGGCCAGCGGCGCGCAGCCCAUGUCCUCCGCUGCACGCCAUCGUUCCCCCGGCGCUGCUGCGGUCGGAAUGCCGGCCAGGGACGGGGGGUGGGGGGAAGCGGCGCUGAGGGGGGCGGGGCGCGGGGCGGGCAUGGGGCUGAGCCUGAGCGCGUCGUGCUCGCCCUCCGCCACGCCCGGGGGGAUGGCGAUGGGGGGAGCGGGCGAGGAGGGGCGGUGGGGGGCCGGGCAUGCAGUGCGGAAGCGCAGUGCGGAGCGAGUGGCGCUGCCAGAGGGGAUUCCGGAGGAGGGCGAGGGGGGCGGGGCGGUGGGGAGAGGGGAUUGGGAUGGGGGAGGGGAGGAGGAAGGGGAAUGGGAAGGGGGAGGGGUGGGGGGAGGGGGGCGGUCGCUGCUGGCGGAUGAGCUGGCGAUGCUGGAGGCGGAGGAUGAGGGGGGCGCGGGGGGAGCGGAGGGGGAGGGGGAGGGGAAGGAGGCGGCGUGGGUGGGCAAGGGCGUGAGCAGCAACCGCGAGGUGGACGGCAGUGCCGCGGGCGACAGCAGCGCAGGGGCGGGCGACGGCAGAGAGCCGGGGCCAGCGCUGUCGCCGGCGCCAUGCAGCCCGCUGGCGGGCAGCAGCAGCUUCAGGGGCAGCGCGCUCAGCCCGGGAGGUAGCAGUGCGGGCGGCAGCAGGCACGGCAGCCGGCAGGGCAGCAUGCAGGGCAGCAUAGAGGGCGUGGCGGGAGGUGGCGUGGGGGUGAUGAGUGGCGGUGGCAGCGUGGGAGCGGGGGACAGCAGCGGCACCGGGGGGCUCCUGUCCCGGCCCGCGCCCACGUCGUCGUCGUCGUCGUCGUCACGCGCGUCGCGCUUCCACCACCUGUCGGCGCCAUCCAACACGUCCCUGGCGGCGUACUCGCAGGGCCCCACGGCCUCGCAGCCCGCCGCCUCCUCCUUCGGCCGCUCCGCCUUCUCCUCCGGCCAGCUCACCCCGGGCAGCAGCUCAGCGGUGGGCGACGGCUUUGACUGCCGCCAGUUCACGGCGCAGCAGCUCGCGCGCGCCACCAAGAACUACGCCCAAGAGAACCUUCUGGGAAAGGGGUCGUUCGGGGCGGUGUUCCGCGGGGAGAUGCUGGGAUGCCAGGUGGCGGUGAAGCGGCUGGAGGGGCAGGGGUGGCAGGGGCCCGACGAGUUCCGCGUGGAGGUGGAGGUGCUGAGCCGCAUGCGCCACCCCCACAUCGUGCUGCUCAUGGGCUGCUGCACCGAGGAAAUGGCUCUCGUCUACGAGUUCCUCCCGGGCGGCACGCUACAGGACAAGCUGGGCCCGCCCAAGACGGCAGAUGCGGUGCGGCUGAGCUGGUCGGACAGGCUGCGCAUUUGUGGGGAGAUGGCCACUGCCCUGAUGUACCUCCACCGCAACGACCCGCCCAUCGUGCACCGUGACUUGAAGCCCGACAACAUCCUGCUGGACGGCAACCUGGCGAGCAAGAUUGGCGAUGUGGGGCUGGCGCGGCUGCUGGAGGCGGACGGGUCCACCACCAUGAAGGUGCGCGGCACGCUGGGGUACAUCGACCCCGAGGAGGUGGAGACGUGUGAGAUCAGCGUGCUGUCCGACGUGUACGCGCUGGGGCUCAUCAUGCUGCAGCUGCUCACGGGGCAGCGCGCCGUCAAGGCCGUGCACCGCAUGCUGGCCGAGUGCGCCAAGCACGCCAAGACGCCCCAAGGCAGCCAGCCGGGGCCGGGGGGGGCAGCAGUGGGGGCGGUGGGCGUGGUGAGCAAGUACCUGGAGAGCACGGGCGGCGAGUGGCGCAUGGACCUGGCGGAGGAGGCCGCGGGGCUGGCGCUGCGCUGUGCGGACCGGCGGCGCGAGAACCGGCCGAGCCUCAAGAAAGAGGUGCAGCCGGCGCUGGUGAGGAUCGCUGCGGCGGCGGAGGAGGAGGUCAAGGCACGCAAGAAGCACAGCGACUCGCAGUUCAUCUGCCCCCUCUCCAAGGAGGUGAUGAGGGACCCGGUGGUGGCGGGGGACGGGUUCACAUACGAGCGCGAGCACAUCACUCGCUGGAUGGCGUCCUGCACUCUCUCCCCCUCCACGGGGCAGCCCCUGCCGCACACGUGCCUCACCCCCAACAACGUCCUCAAAACGCUCAUCUCCUCCCACAACAUGCGCUGA